UUACGUCAUACCGUGGAUCUGUAAAGGUGUAUUGCUUGUGAUUUUAAUUCCUUGUUUUUAUUAAAUAAAACCCUAAGCCCUAAAUAAGCAAGGCUUUUUACAACUGCGGAAGUUGUCUAAAGUUAUUACGUUUUUAUUAGUAAUAAUUCAAUCGGAAAAGUUAUAAAGAUGACUGGCCAUCGUGAACCAACUGUAGUGGGAGUUCCCAACUUUAAUGCAAUGGAGGAUGCGGCAACGCUCCGUGCUGCUAUGAAGGGCUUUGGUACUGAUGAACAGGCUAUAAUUGACAUCCUCACUUCACGCUCCAAUGCCCAGCGUCAGGCCAUCUCACAGGCCUUUACACAUGAAUAUGGCAGGGAUUUAAUAGAGGACCUGAAGUCAGAACUAGGAGGUCACUUUGAGGACGUGAUUGUGGCUCUGAUGCUGCCUCCAGAGGAGUACCUGUGCAAGGAGUUGAACAAGUGCAUGGAGGGACUCGGCACCGAUGAGAGUGUGCUCAUUGAGAUACUCUGUACGCGCACCAAGAAAGAAAUCGCUGAUAUUGUGCAAGCAUAUGAGAGAUUGUAUGACCGGCCGCUGGCUGAGCACAUGUGCUCGGAGACUUCAGGUGACUUCCGCCGUCUGCUCACACUCAUCGUUACACGAGCCCCGCAGGGCGCGCGGGACGAGGAGGCGGGCGUGGACGCGGCGCGCGCGGCGGAGAGCGCGCAGCAGCUGUACGACGCGGGCGAGGCUAAGUGGGGCACUGAUGAGGAAGUCUUCAAUAAGAUCUUGGCGCACGAGAGUUUUGCGCAGCUGCGGCUGAUCUUCGAGGAGUACAAGAACAUAGCUGGGCGCACUAUCGAGCAAGCUAUCAAGGCCGAAGUCGAUGGCGAACUCAAGGACGCCUACUCCGCUAUCGUGGAGUGCGUGGAGAACGCCGGGGCGUGGUUCGCGGCGCGGCUGCGUGCGGCGACGCAGGGCGCGGGUACUGACGACGGCUGUCUCGUGCGCGUCAUCUGCAGCCGCGCUGAGAUAGACCUCGCCGGUAUUAAGAAGGAAUACGAACGUCUCUAUGAUAAGACGCUGCAGAGUGAUAUUGAGCAGGGCGAGACCUCGGGAGACUACAAGCGCGCGCUCGUGGCUUUGCUCGGACCGGCGUAGACUGAACGUCGCGAACUUCGUGGGAAGCUAAUAGAUCUAAUUCUAUAUAGACAUGCGUCUAAUUUUAUAGAUUUAUUUAUAUUGUGAGCAGCUUGUUUGCAUUUAGCUUAGAUUUACAAAUACCCACCAUUUCGUCCUUGUAACAGACUAUAAAAUAUGAAAAUAUUUAUAUAGUAGAUUAAAAAAAAUUGUUGAAAUAUUUAUGUGAAAGAUCUGAAAAUCUGAUCGUUUACGAUAACGAUAAAAAAAGAAAUAAAUCGAGUCAAUUAAUAAAAUUAAUAGAUGGAUUAUUUAUUUUGAUUUUUUAUAGAUUAUAGAAAAACGUACAUAUAAAUUUAUACAAACUCAUCGCCUUUAUACAUGAAAAGAAUUAUAUCUUGAUAUUACUGCCUACAUAUAGAAUUAUCAUCGUAUUCAAUAUUAAUUUUUGUCUAUAUAUUAAGUGGAAUUUGAAAAAUAUUAUCAUUCCGAUAUUCCCAUUUUUGUAUGAUUGCAAUUGGCUUAUUU